AUGUCGACCCUCACUUCGAACUCCAAGGUCCAGCUGGCGGCCACAGCCGUGGUCUCCGCGGCCGUAGCAGCCGGUGCUAUCCUCAGCUACCAGCGCCUGCAAGAAAACAAUCGUGUUUCUCGCCUCAAACAGUCCAUCCCUCAGUCCGGUACCGGGGUUGAGGCCGAGCCAGCCAUCCAAGCAGUAACACCCAUCGGCCCGAUCCCCCACCCCGACAAGGAAGACGCCCACAACCAAGCCCUCGCCCACCGCGCCCAAGCCGGCGACUUCGACGACGAGCUGAUCCUCGAGCAACUCGCGCGCAACCGCGUCUUCCUCGGCGACGCCGGGCUCGCCGCCCUCCGCUCCGCCUUCGUCGUCAUCAUCGGCUGCGGCGGCGUCGGCUCCCACGCCUGUACCGCGCUCGCCCGCUCCGGUGUGCAGCGCCUGCGGCUGGUGGAUUUCGAUCAGGUUACGUUGAGUAGUUUGAACCGGCAUGCUGUGGCGACGCUGGCGGAUGUGGGGUUGCCGAAGGUGCAGUGUUUGCAGAGGCGGUUGGUGGCGGUGGCGCCGUGGGUGAGGUUUGAUUUGAGGUUGCAGAAGUUUGAAGGGGGGGUGGCGGGACAGGUGUUGGAGCCGUGGGUUGGGGAGGAUGGGAAGAGGCCGGAUUUUGUGAUUGAUGCGAUUGAUAAUAUUGAGAGUAAGGUUGAGCUGCUCAAGUAUUGCCAUGACCAGGGCUUGCCGGUGAUUUCGGCUAUGGGCGCGGGGACGAAGAGUGACCCGACGAGGGUUAUGGUAGGGGAUAUUGGGGCGAGCUUUGAGGACGGGUUGUCGCGGGCGACGAGGAGGCGGUUGAAGCUGUUGGGGGUGAGCAGUGGGAUUCCGGUGGUGUACUCGACGGAGAAGAUGGGUGAGGGCAAGGCUGCGUUGCUGCCGCUGGCUGAAGCGGAGUUUCAGAAGGGGGCCGUGGGCGAGCUGGGUGUGCUACCGGAUUUCCGGGUGCGGAUUUUGCCGGUGCUGGGGACGAUGCCGGCGGUUUUCGGAUAUGUUGCCGCGAACCAUGUUAUUCUGAAGAUUACAGGUUACCCAAUGGACUACCAACCAGCGAAAGCCCGCGACAAGAUGUACGAUGCGAUCCUAGCCUACGUGCAAGCCAGCGAGGAAAAAGUCGUUCGCUCGAUCGAAGGCGGCCGUGUAGACGUCUGCAUCGGCCUCAAGGUCCCCAUCACACCAGGCGACAUCGCUUUUCUCGUCGAGGAGGCGUUCCGUGGCCGGAGCGCGAUCACGGGUAUUCCGACUAAGCUGAUGCUGAUCCGGUGGAAGAAGCCGGAAGGCACCACGUUGGUUCGGAUUGGAGAGGGGAAUGAGGAGCAGAAGUCGUCGAAUCUUAGGCUGAGUGAUUUGGUGUGCUUGACAAAGGAAGAGGCGGUUCGGCAUGUGAAGGAGGUGUUGUUGGGUGAUAAAACUUUGGAGGAUCUUUAUAGCCCCGAAGUGAUUGAGUUGGUAGAGGCCCGGCAAAAAGAGGCUGAGGCAUAUGAACGAUACAGAUAA